GUGUUUUAUAAAAUAUCAGGAUAUGAGUUCGGAACUCUUACAGUUCAGCAAUAGUCAUUAGUUAUGCAUACUAGGAUAUGCGUGCUGCUGGGGCUUCUGUGCCUUGCAAGCUUCUGCUGCGGUAGUAAUGAGCCAGGGGAGGUGCUCCUGGUCAUCGCCUGUCCCCAGUAUCCUAAGCAUGCCAGCAUUGAGUGCUCAGCCUUAUCGCACAGCGUGCUGGAGCAGCAACGGGCACUGAAACUGGCGGGGAUCUUCCCCGAGGACUUUGUCCUGAAGGUCUAUGUGAUGCAUGAGCUCUUCAACUACUGGACCCUGCUGGACGCACUGCCUCAUCUGAGAGCCCAGGCACGUGUGCUGGGUGCGCGCACGGAAUGGAUUAUCUGGUGUCAACACCACACGCGUGUGUCUUCGCUGCGCGGCCUGCUCGAGCAACUGCGUCAUCAGGACUCGAGGGAGCUCGCUUUCUAUGGGCACGCCCUCUACGAUGCGGAGGCCACCAUCAUCCACCACUUCUCGAACUACAAGGAUCCCCAGCGGUUUCCAUACCCCAUGCUCAGCUCCGGAGUCGUUUUCACUGGUGCUCUGUUGCGAAGGUUGGCGGAUUUGGUUGCUCCUGGUGGCCAAAACAUCACCCUUCACAGCGACUUCUCCAUUGAUGCCUCUCACGAGCUGGCUCGCUUUAUUUUCGACAAUGUAUCGCCCGACCCUCAUAUUAGCACCCCGAUUUCCGGAGGAAUCCUGCUGAAAAGUGCCAGCUACAUAUGUCCCACACCCACGUCCGUGCCAAACAGGAAACUGCCUUGUCUGCUGCAUGCGCAGCCGGAGGAGCCACUGACUUUGGGGCAGCGGAGGAAUGGCUGUGAGCACACAACAGGAUCGCACAUAUACUUCGCCAUCAAAACCUGUGCGAAAUUCCACAAGGAACGCAUACCAAUCAUCGAGCGCACCUGGGCAGCCGACGCCCGGAACAGGAGAUACUACAGCGACGUGGCAGACGUCGGCAUUCCGACAAUCGGCACUGGGAUACCCAAUGUGCAGGCUGGACACUGUGCCAAGACAAUGGCCAUUCUGCAAUUAUCCCUCAAGGACAUCGGCGAGCAAUUGGACAUCCGCUGGCUCAUGCUCGUCGACGAUGACACGUUGCUGAGUGUGCCACGCGUGAGCGCCCUCCUCUGCCGCCACAAUGCCACGGAGCUGGCGUACCUGGGCCAGCGCUAUGGCUACCGGCUACACGCUCCCGACGGCUUCAACUACCACACUGGAGGAGCCGGCAUCGUACUGAGCCUGCCGCUGGUGCGGCUCAUCGUGCAGCGAUGCAGUUGUCCCAGUGCCAGUGCCCCCGACGACAUGAUCCUGGGCUACUGCCUUCAAGCGCUGGGCGUGCCGGCGAUUCAUGCUGCCGGAAUGCAUCAGGCCAGGCCGCAGGACUACGCCGGCGAACUGCUGCAGCUGCAUGCGCCGCUGACCUUCCACAAGUUCUGGAACACGGAUCCGGAGCACACAUAUCGCCGCUGGCUCGGAGGCAGCCUGGUCAACCGGAGUGCCCCGCUGGCGGCGCACAAGGAGCAGCCCGCUGCCGGACCACUCCACAUGACGAUGGGGCGACAUUCCUUGGCCGCAGGCGUCGGAUUGCUGCAGGAAACGGGGCUGGGCAAGCACCUGGAUCUGUGAGCCGCUCUGAGCUUUGGACUUCAGAAAAAACUGUUUGAAAAUGUUGCGCAUAUCAUCUUGCGUUGGAGGAGCACGUAGAAUUUUCCGACUUUUGCAUAAAAUUACAGUUUGUCCUGCAGAUAGACACUAGUGGAGAUUACAUGGACACAUGGCUGUUGCCUGUGGCUUUUUGGAAGUGGAUUACGCCGAACAAUGUGACAUCGCUGGGAGUCCAACCAGGGCAGCUCUGCUAAUCUGUCGUGCAACAUCAAGAAGUUAAACCAUAAGAAAAUUUAAGUAACCGCCCUUGAGCUGGACAGGAUGAACAACAAGCAGAAAUUGUUUAAAAGAUUUCUUUUGGCUAAAGUGAGUUCAAUCCUUGGGGAUUUGCAAGCAUCUUGCGAAGGGGCGAGGUCUAAGUUCAACAACAGGCGGUACAGUUGUGCGCAAAAUGGUAGUUACAGAGCGGGGAAAUACAGUAUUGGACUGACCAAUGUUUGACUUUCAA